AUGGCCAUAAAAUCAAAUAUAACGUCCUCGAAUGGCGGAGACGGUGAUGCAGCUCAAGAACAAGAUUCAGGUACAUCUUCAGUAACUUAUAGCCCAAAAACAAACUCGAGACCGAACGAAUCCACCCAGUUGUCUUCUAAACAAACAUAUUUUGCAGACCAAAGAAUUAGGAUACCAGAAGUCGAAGGGACGGGCUUCAGUUUUAGAAAAUUAUGGGCUUUCACAGGACCAGGGUUUCUGAUGUCCAUCGCCUAUUUAGAUCCCGGAAACAUCGAAAGCGAUCUACAAAGUGGAACCGUCGCCCAAUAUAGGUUGCUAUGGGUACUUCUUAGUGCAACUCUUUUAGGACUUUUAAUGCAGCGAUUGUCAGCCAGACUGGGUGUUGUGACGGGUCUACAUUUAGCAGAGAUGUGUUAUAGACAAUAUAGGAAAGUACCGCGGCUUAUAUUGUGGAUAAUGAUAGAGAUAGCGAUUAUAGGUAGUGAUAUGCAAGAGGUGAUUGGUACUGCCGUGGCUAUAUACCUUCUUUCAAAUAGAGUAAUACCAAUUUGGGGAGGAGUUCUAAUUACGAUCAUAGAUACAUUUACAUUUUUGUUCCUCGAUAAGUACGGCCUGAGAAAGUUGGAAUCGUUCUUUGGCCUUCUAAUCACAAUAAUGGGAGUUACCUUUGGAUUCGAAUACGUAACCUCAAAACCCAACGCUGUGGGUGUUCUAGAGGGUAUGUUUAUACCCUGGUGUAAAGACUGUGAUAGUAGGGCAUUGUUACAAGGAGUUGGAAUUAUAGGCGCUGUGAUCAUGCCCCACAACCUCUACCUCCAUUCAGCGCUUGUAAAAUCACGAGCCAUCGAUCGAACAAAAUCAGAGAAAAUUAGAGACGCCAAUAAAUAUUACUUUAUAGAAGCAUGUAUAGCAUUGCUUGUUAGUUUCGUUAUAAAUGUGUUUGUUGUGGCUGUUUUUGCUCAUGGAUUGUUCAAAACAACCAAUAGACAAGUGCGUGACCUUUGUGCCAAUCAUCCGACCCUCAAUUCAACUGUAUUUCCAGCAAACGACGAGUAUGUAGACGCAGAUCUGUAUCGCGGCGGAAUCUUCUUGGGUUGUAUGUACGGUGUUCUAGCCAUGUAUAUAUGGGCUGUAGGAAUUUUAGCUGCAGGGCAAAGCUCCACAAUGACAGGUACAUACGCUGGUCAGUUUGCAAUGGAAGGCUUUUUAAACCUGCAAUGGGCUAGAUGGAAGAGGGUGCUGUUCACUCGUACCAUAGCCAUUAUUCCAACAUUCUGUUUGGCAUUUUUCAGUAAUAUUAACGAUCUGACAAAUAUGAACGAUAUACUAAACGCCAUCAUGAGUCUUCAGUUACCUUUCGCUACCAUCCCAACCAUUGCGUUCACCAGCAAUCCACAGAUUAUGGGAGAAUUCGUAAAUGGAAUUCCGAACAAAGUAGCUGCCAUUCUGCUGAGUAUCGUAGUAAUUAUGAUAAACACGUACUUCGUUGUAAACACCGUGGAUGAAUUACAGCUAACUUGGCCCAUUUUGGUUGUAGUCGUAAUCGUUGGCAUCUUUUAUUUAUUAUUCUGUUUUUAUCUCGUAAUACACAUGAGUAUAUCUAUGGGUAGCACUAACUUAUUAAGGUUUAAUUUCGUAAACAAAUAUAUCAUGGGCCCCGUAGACGCCACGUUGGAUAUUAGUCCCAUCGGUUAUGCCAGGGAAUCUUCCAGCAACUUUGAAGAAUAAAUCUUUGUUAUAUCUCAUUCGGAAUGCUCAAUAGAUUCUUUAGACGAAGAAGAAAAAAAGCUUUAAUUUAACUCUCGAAUACGGUACAUGCAAUGUACUAUAUUGCGUAAUAUCAUUGAUGACUGCCAUAACAUAAAGGCUAAUUUAUAGAUAGUAACAGAGAUGAUAUUGUUAAAGAAUUGAAAUUUUAUUGUAAAAUUGUAUUUAUUGUAGGUAUCUUGACCUAUUUGUUUAAAGUUUAGGCUCUAAACAGCAUGUAAAAUAUUGUAUAAAUAUUGACGUAAUUUCCUGUGUGAAAUUCCUAAAAAAUAACCAAAAACAUUUAAUUUGUAAACAAAUCUAUGUUCUUACUAAAUAAUGACAAGGUAAUUGUAACAUCCAUCAAUAGGAGGUUUUAUAGCAAAUCUAAAGAGUUACUUUUAACAGUGUUAAUCACAACAUUUGGUAGUUUACCAGCGAGUAAAAUAAAUAGUGUAGCGUUUUUAAAUAAAACGAGCGGUUCGAAUUUAUAUAAAUAUAUUUAUUUAUAACUUUACAGUUCGGUAUUCUCUUAUCAACUAACAUAUUCCUAAGAUCGUUACAUAUAUAUACCAAAGUUACUAUUUUCUAGAAAGUUCCCACCUCUAGGCGUACGCGACUGAUCAUUCUCGAAAUAUCGAGUCGCUUUCGAGACGCCGCCGCAUGGAAGCAUGAGGUGCUGUUUCGAGAUGCAACCGUUAUACGUGCCUCGUUAAAUGCACGUUCGUAACAAUAGUGUACUGUAUUAAUGUAUUACUAUAUGUGUACUGUGUGUACUAAUGGUUUGAACCAUUCAACUACGACCCCUUGAAUGCUUACCGGUUUCUACCAAAACAUCCGGAGAGGAUGUUUUGGUAGAAACUGUUGAUACAUUUGGCCCAUGUAUAGCGGAUAAUUUCGUCUUUAAACCUUAUUUACCACGUCAUACUGCAAGAAUUGUGACGGCUAGAAUGGCUAGUUUGCAGCUCUUAGCUGAAUAUGAUCCAAAAAAUUUGGUAUGAACUUCAUCGUAUCAUUAAAAAUCCACCAAGCCAGCCAAAAAGUCUUGCUGAGCUACAGAACGUGCUUCGUAAAGAAUAUGAAUGUCUUCCUCAAGAUUUUAUUUAAACUUUGUUCCAUUCCAAGACAUAUACAAGAAAUUAUCGAACAGAACACUCGAUAUUAUAUUCUCUUUAAGUUCAUUCGUAAUUUUUAUUAUUUGAUAUCGUUUCCUUUUAUAACCUAAUUAACUAAAGAAUCAAUCAAAGUGAAAGAUAUAUAACCGCUGUUUUUGCCGCUCAGUGUAGAUUGUAGCAUAUUUUACAGCUUGCGCUUUUGUGUGGUUUGUACUAAAUGUAUGGAGUAAAUACUUUGUUAAUAUGUAUAGCUUUAUUGUCUUUACGAAUAGCCGCGUAUUAUAUCCGAAUGACUGCGGCGUCUCGGGCGACAACAUUUCCGAAGAAGAUGAACACUUUUAUUUCGAUCGACCCAAAUUUCAGUCGAAAUGUUACCACUGAUUUUCCGAGCCUAUAUCGUGAAAUUGUAUUGUGAGAAUUUAACAAAUUAAAAAACACACAUAAAUGUUCCUUACACUGAGUUUUCUCCGUAAAAUAUGCUGUAUCCUAUAUUUCUCUUAAUAUUUGUAAUUGUCUCUUCCCGUUUUCGUUAACUAGUGGAAUAAACCAUUCAAAAUGAAGAACUUUAUUAUGUAGUUUCAUUUUAUUUAUUUACUAAUCAUUUUAUUCAAUACCUAUACAAAGAAUAACAUUUUGUAGUGAGGUAUUCACAUACAUCACUAUGUACUUGUACAUAAAAUGCAAUAUAAUUGAUGAUUUGUAUAUAAAACCUUCUAUAGAUUUAUUGACAAUUAUAUUUAUUAUCAAUUUUUGAUGGGGGCACUAACAACUGUACAAAUAUGACUAAAUCAUUAGAAUGUAUAAAGCUAGGGCAAAUCUUUCAAACCAUUUAAAUAUUUACUAACACAAUAUAAACAAGUUUUUCCUUAUUUGUCAGUGCAGAAUUAUCCAAUAGAAUCGGAUAUUUUAUUGUAGAAAUAUGUAAUUCUUUUAGUACCACUAUUAGUACUAUAUAGUACUAAAACGUUGCGCGUGUUUCUAUUUCAAGCCCAAAUUUCUAACGUCCCGAAGUAUCAAUAUUAUUUCUUUGGUUUUUAUUGUUAUCUCAAGUUACUUGUAGAUUAUUAUUGAUUUCUAUUAGGGUAUUUUACAUAUUUAGUAUAAUUCUCAAUAAUGUGUGUUUCUAAAAAAUUGCCCUCAUACAUAACUUCAAAAAAUUUAUGUGUCUGAUUGACUUGAAGAAAGCAUUUGACAGAGUAAGAGUCAAAGAUGUAAUCCAUCUUCUUGAUAAUAGAAAAAUUCCCAUGGAUAUCAUAAAAACUAUUGAAAACAUCUAGCAAAACAACAAAAUGGAAGUCAGAAUAGAUGGAUAACUUACAGAACCUAUAGACAUAGGCAACGGAAUAAGACACAGGUCGAAGUACCUAUUCAACUUUUUGUUUUUCUGUUUUUUUCCUGUCUUUGCUUAUUAGAUCUGCCGUAAAUUUUGGCGAAUGUUCUGUAAUGAACUGUUUCACCUGUCUUUGUCUUAGUGAAUGAAUCCACCAUUCCAGAGAUUAGUGAGCUACCUACUUCCUUGUAGUUCUUGUUACUGACUUUGCACGCCGCAGAAGAGUUCCGAUCCAAUGAAUGGCAUUGAUGAGUCUUGUUUGGCCAUUUCAUCUGCUUGUUCAUUGCCCUUGUGACCCUCGUGUCCCUGUACCCAGACUACCGUAACCUUGCUACGGUCUUCUAGUUUAUUUAGGGCACACACACAAUCCCAUAGUAGCUUAGAAUUGACCUCUACAGAAUUGAGUGCCUUAAGCGCUACCUGGCUAUAUGUGAAGAUGGCAACUGAACGGAACGUUCUUUCCUGCAUUUACCAAAACUGUCACAGGCUUGCGUUUAAGUAAUACUUGACAUAUUCUAUAAACGUUUGUUUUGAUGGCACUCCUUUAAUUAAACUACCACUUUAACAUUUCUAUCAAUUUUUGACUGUAACGAAUCAUUGUCCUUAAGGUGAUUCUUAACACGAGUUACUCCAUGAAUUUUAAUUGUCCUAUUAUUUUUUAGUUAUUGUUGUGAUUUUUAGACUGAUAUUCAGAUAGACUUGAACCCGUCACUGUUUUAUUGCCAUGAAUUAAUUAACAAAUGCCGCUAAAAUGAGUAUUUAUAAAAUAUGCUCGAAGAAACUCGAUCGUUAAAACUGUACUUAGAAAAUGUAUAAAACAUUUAUUUCUACAAUAAAAAUGCCAUAUAUGGAUAUGACUACAUAUUAAUAAUGGGCCAUUGAUAUUAUCAUUAUAUUUUAGUUUUACCGAUUCUGGACAUUAUGGUACCAUAUGAAAACACUAGAAACUAUCACGUAGAAGAUAUAUACACCAUUUCUUUAAGUUUUUUUAAAGGUCUCUAUAAAACCAAAUACUUUUUAAACUUUGUUUUUUAGCAAGCUGAAAUAUUUUUUAAGUGAAUACAGUUAUAUGUAUAUUGUUAGAUGUUAUAAAAACAUAGAUUUGUAUGAUGUAUGUUUUUAGGUUAUGUAAAAUAAAACCAGUUGUUAAAUAUUU